GUCUUUGGUCCCAGGGCAGCUUAAUGCGCAGACGGAGGGAGGCUGUGGGAAUGGGCCAGGCAUUCCCAGGACCCAGCAAGGAAUGCGGCCAGAAUGCACUCUGCACGUGUGCAGAGGCGCGCUUGCUUUAUUCUCACGUGACGGAUGUCCCGAGCCGGAGAACUGACGCAGACAUGGAGUCCAAGUUCCUGAGCCUCCGGGAAGAGCUGGUGGCUGCUUUGAUCCAGAGCCCCUCCGAGCUAAAUCCAGAGUCUGUGCAGCAGCUGGUGGAGAUGUCUUUGCCUCCGUCCAAGAAAUACCGGGAGAUCGACGUGAAGGGCAUUGUGCGGGCCAAUACUCAGGGACAGACCCCCAAAGAGCUGCGGACAAUUUCCACUGCUCUAAACAUCCUUGAGAAGUACGGGCGCAAUCUCUUGAACCCCCACAAGCCUCGCUUCUGGCGGACGGUCAAGUUCAACAACCCUGUCUUCCGAGACACCGUCGACACCAUCCAGGGUGGACGGGACGUCCUUCGCCUAUAUGGCUAUUCGGAAGAACAGACUGACGGGCUCUGCUUCCCGGAGCAGCUGCAGGAACCUGAAACUGUCCAAGUGGCCUCCAUCACCGUGGACGUCAUGCUCUUACGAGCCGAGCUGAACCUUCUCCUUUCGGACAACCACCCCAACCCUCGGGUUUUGCAGGAGCUGAUGGAGGAGGGGAAUGGCUUAGAGGCCAGCCUCACUGCAGACGUGGCCCCAGAACGUGUUCCUCCGCACACAGCAACGGCAUUAUCACACACAGAGUACCUGCCGCCAGAUGCCUGCCUGCUUUGUGGUUUGGAGCCCCCGUCGCUGCACUGCCCGUCCUGUGCCCAGUCACUGUGCCCAGAUUGUGACUUGCUCUUCCACAAGCACCCUUCGCGGACACAUCACCGGCGGGUGCCUUUGAAGGAACGAGCUUGGCGCAGCACACUGCCUCCCAGCCUCUCCACAGUGACCCCCGAUGCAGCAUCUUUGCGUCCUCCGAUGGAGGGCUGGCGCAGCCUCCCCCCACAGCCGCCAGCCCCACGCCCUGCCUGGUUCUGCGCAGCCUGCCACACCCACAACGAUGCUCGCUGCGUACUGUGCGUGGCCUGUGACCGCCCCCGUGGCUGCAAGAUACCCGUCAGCCUCAGUUCGGAGGACCAGAUGGCUCGUGGUCGCUGGUCGUGCCAGUCUUGCACCUUUGAGAACGAGGCAUCUACAGUGUUGUGUACUGUGUGUGAGAGGCCCCGUCUGGCCGGGAGGCCUGGCAUAGGUGAUGCAAAGCCCCUAAUGGCGUGGGGGGAGGAUUCAGAAGUGCAGCAGGAAGAGCUCCCUGGCUGGCAGUGCGAACACUGUACCUUCUGGAACAAGAUUCACGGCCGGGUGUGUGAAAUGUGCAACCGUACCAGCCAGCGAGGGGGCCCUGAGCCCGCUUCACUGCGUCCCAGGCCAGAGGAGGAGGAAAAGCCGAAGAAGGAGCCAGCCAACAUUAAGGCAGAUCCAAAAUGCCUAUUGAAGUCCCUCUCCCUAGAGGAUGCAGAACAUCGGAGACAGGCGAAACUGCGAGAGGACGGCCAGAAGAUGGUAGCCAUGAUCCGGGAAGCCGAGGCGGUGGGGGUGGCGCCUGAGAUGGUGGCAGCUGCUUUGCACUACUCAGGGGCCGAGCUGCCUCUGGCUUGGCUGAAUUCGGAGCUCCCCUGCGUCCUGGAAGGGGUGGCUGAGCUGGCUACGCAGCGGGGCGAGGAGGAGCCAGGGGGUGGGCUGGGUGCUGUGACCCAACAGGAAGCCCAGACGGCCUGGAUGGAGAGCCAGGGGGAUGUGGACGAAGCCGUCAGCCGAUGCCUCAGCGCUCGCCGCAGCAAGGUGCGGGAGCUAAAAGUGCUGGGCUUUGCCGAGCGAGGUCCUGUGCUACAGGCCCUCUACCAGAACAAAGGGGAUGUGUGGCAGGCGUUGGUACAGCUGCAGCGCCUCCGGCUGGAGCCCUUCCACCAGCGUUUGUGGGAGACUGAAGAGCCCCCGAUAGACUUCCAAAGCCCUGACCGGCAGGCGCUCCUGCGACGUCUCCUGGCCUCUCUUUCCCUGCCCAGCUGGGGCCGAGCAGAGCUGGUCGUUUCCCUGAUGCUGGAGAAGCCGAGCGAAGGGGGCUGGGAGCUGGCCGACAUUGUGGAGGCCGUGAAGGCCUCUCCCAGCCGGGACUUCAUCAAGCGCCUGCUGAGCUGGGAGUGCGCCGUCUGCAGCUGGGCCCUGCCACGCAACAAGAUGCAGUCGCUGACAUCGUGUGAAUGUACAAUCUGCCCUGACUGCUUUACUCAGCACUUCACCAUUGCUGUGAAAGAGAAACACAUCACUGACUUGGUGUGCCCGGCUUGCUCUGAGCCGGAAAUCAGCGAUGAACGGGAACUCCUCAGCUACUUUUCCACCCUCGACAUCCAGCUCCGCAGCUGCCUAGACCUGGAGACCUAUGAGCUCUUCCACAAGAAACUGACCGAGAGGGUGCUUAUGCGGGACCCGAAGUUUCAGUGGUGCACACAUUGUUCCUUUGGGUUCAUCUACGAGUCUGAACAGCUGGAAGCCAAAUGUCCGCAGUGCCGCAAGAGCUUCUGUGUCCGAUGCAGGCGCCCGUGGGAGCCGCAGCACCAAGGCCUGACUUGUGAAGGGUUCCAGGAGUGGAAGCGAACCAACGACCCCGAGUACCAGGCCCAGGGCUUGGCUGCCUACCUGCAAGAGAAUGGGAUUGCCUGUCCCAACUGCAAGUUCUCGUAUGCCCUGGCCCGGGGAGGCUGCAUGCAUUUCCAUUGUACCCAAUGCAGGCACCAUUUCUGCAGUGGCUGCUACAGCGUCUUCCAUGCCAAGAACAAAUGCCCACUUCAAGGUUGCCUCAUCCGGCGGUCCCUCCACGCCCACCAUCCUCGAGACUGCCUGUUCUACCUGCGUGACUGGGAUGUGGUUCGCCUGCAGCGCCUCUUACAGGAUAACGGAGUCGUGUUCAACACUGAUCCCCCUGCUGGAACCCGGGCUACCACUGGUGGUGGGUGUCAGGUUAUGGAGCAGAAGGAGACGAUGGCGGGGUUGAAGGACGAGCCUUGCGGGAAAGAGACCCAAGCCGGAUAUGCCGGCCUUUGUCAGGCACACUACAAGGAGUACUUGGUCAGCCUCAUCAACAGCUACUCCCUGGACCCUGCUGCCCUGUACAAUCCGCAGGAAGCAGAGCUUGUCUGCCAGCGCUACCUGCCUGCUGCACAGCUGCCACCGCGGGGACCUGCUGAAGAUGACGAAACUUUUGCGGGGCGCUUGAUCAAGAAACUAAUGGAUGAGGUGGCUCUGGGUCCGAAAAUCCCACGGAGACAGAAGCAGCUGGAUGCUCGUGCCCUCCACUAACUUGGGCAGAAAGCACGGUUAAGAGUUACAAUCUGGUUCCCUUUUGCCGGGACUGAAAAGCCGAACAGAAGUAUUCCUCAUCUCUGGAGGAGAAGAAUUUGGUGGGAGGUACUGGGGUGGGGGUGGUGAGGAAGCGGUUAAUAUUUUGAAGUGCCUUUAUGUUUGGGGGUUCCAAGGGGCAAUCUGAAGACCCUCAUGUCCACUAGUUGGGGGCUGGAGGGGGUCUAAAUAAAUUAAGUAUGCCUCCCCUAAAAUUAGAGCUGGUUCCCCUGCCCUGCCACCUCCUUCCAAGCAAAGAUCUAGUCUGCUGUUGGGAGAGAAGAGACCUUGGGGAGGGAAGAGGCUUUCUUAUACUUGCAAAUGUCCUAUUUACAUGUGCAAGACCCCCCCCC